CAAUGGCCGAAGUAGCCCCAGCUCCAGCUUCCCCAGCGAAAGCGGCGAAAAAGAAGACCUCAAAGCCGGCGAAAAAACGGGUCGGGCCCAGCGUCAGCGAGCUCAUCAUCAACGCCGUGACCGCGUCCAAAGAACGCAAUGGAGUCUCUCUGGCCUCCCUGAAGAAAUCCCUGGCGGCCACUGGCUACGACGUGGAGAAGAACAGAUCCCGCAUCAAACUCGCCGUUGUCGGUUUGGUGACCAAGGAAACGCUCGUUCAAACAAAGGGGACCGGUGCUUCUGGUUCCUUCAAGAUUAACAAGAAGACUGAGGGAAAAGCAAAGGCACCUGCUAAGAAGGCAGUCAAGAAGACGCCUACCAAAGCGAAGAAACCUGCUCCCAAGAAGGCAACGCCUAGCAAGAAGCCCAAAGCGCCUGCUGCUAAGAAGGCUGCUGUCAAGAAAGCUAGCAAGAAACCUGCAAAGGCCUCAACACCCAAGAAAUCUGCCAAGAAGCCCACCAAGAGCCCCAAGAAAGCCCCAGCGGCCAAGAAAGCUCCAGCGGCCAAGAAAGUUCCUGCUAAGAAAGCCCCUGCUGCCAAGAAGAGCCCUGCCAAGAGAGUGGCAAAGCCCAAGACGGUCAAGAAGGUAGCAGCCAAGAAGAAGUGAAUUUAACACUUCUAUCAACCAAAGGCUCUUUUCAGAGCCACCAA